CCGGGCGCGACACGUGACGAAUGGCCGGCAGCUGCACGUGUGGCCGCUUUGAGGGGUGUAGGCGCAGCCGCCAUCUUCUUUUGGUGCGCAGUGUCGUGGACCGUGGGAAGGAGGUAGGAGAGGGGUUGGGCGCUGUCCUGCGGGAAGCGGGAUGCUUUUCAACGGGAGCACCCCCGCCUCGUCCAUCCCCACCAGCGCAGCGCCCGGGCCGGGCACGCGCAUCCCCGCCUGCAGGCGUUGGCGGCGCCGUGUUGGCGAGUCUCGGUGCGGGGCGCCAUUUUCUUUUCGUUUGCGGGACCCUCCGGAGCCUGGCGGGGGACGGGCGCUGAUGUGUUCUGUUUCCUGCAAGCAGGUCUGGCAGGGCGCAGCAUGUUUGAAGAAGACUGGAAUGCGGAGAUAGGGGACGAGGCGUUAUUGCUAUCCCUUGGGAAGGUUAGCUUACUUGAGACACCAAAUGACCCCUCAUCUGUUUUCAGUCCAGGUGUAGAUUCAUCUGGUACUGAUGAAUUUGUGAACACACAGUGUCAACCAGUGAGUAGUUUUGGUAGAGGAAGAAAUUUUGCAGCCACAGGUUUUCAAGAAGGCAAUGGAAGAGAUGCUGUUACACAAAACAGAGGGUUUAAAGGAUUUGGACAAAGUGAGAGUUUUCAAGAAAGAAACACUGUGGAUGGUGCUAGUACACAAAGCAGAGGGUUUAAAGGAUUUCGUGGUGGCUUUGGACAAGGUGAGAGUUUUCAAGAAGGUAACAGAGAAGAUGCUAUUACACAAAACAGAGGGUUUAAAGGAUUUCAUGCUGGCUUUGGACAAGGUUUUCAAGAAAGAAACACUGUGGAUGGUGCUAGUACACAAAGCAGAGGGUUUAAAGGAUUUUGUGGUGGCUUUGGACAAGGUACUAAAGGUGGGCAGAGGGACUUACCUCAGUCUGGAACUCUUGACUCUAGAGAAAGAGGAACAGUCGCAGAUGGUGCAGGUCCAAAGGUGACUUACGUGCCCCCUCCUCCAUCUGAUGAUGAACAAGCCAUCUUUGCCCAUUAUCAGGCAGGAAUGAAUUUUGACAAGUAUGAUGAAAAUGUUGUUGAAGUGUCAGGACUGGACCCUCCAGCAGCAUUGAUGAGUUUUGCAGACACUAACAUCUGUCAUACUUUAACUGUGAACAUUGCUAAAGCUGGAUACUCUAAACCUACUCCAGUGCAGAAGUACAGCAUUCCUAUUAUACUGGCAGGACGGGAUUUAAUGGCAUGUGCCCAGACAGGAUCAGGAAAAACUGCAGCCUUUCUUGUACCAGUUGUGGCCCAAAUGAUGAGGGAUGGUGUAACUGCCAGUAGCUUUAAAGAGCAGCAAGAACCGGAAUGUAUUAUUACUGCCCCAACUAGAGAACUGAUAAAUCAGAUCUUCCUAGAAGCAAGAAAAUUUGUGUAUGGAACUUGUAUAAGGCCUGUUGUGAUCUAUGGAGGUACACAAACAGGCUAUUCGAUUCGUCAGAUAAAGCUAGGCUGUAAUAUACUUUGUGCCACUCCAGGAAGGCUUCUAGACAUCAUUGGAAGAGGAACGAUUGGCUUGCAUAAUGUGAAAUACUUGGUGCUAGAUGAAGCAGACCGCAUGCUUGAUAUGGGUUUUGGCGCAGAUAUGAAGAAGCUGGUAUCUUUCCCAGACAUGCCACAAAAAGAAAAACGCCAAACCCUAAUGUUCAGUGCUACUUUUCCUGAAGAAGUUCAGAGGCUAGCUGGUGAAUUUUUGAAAACUGAUUUUUUAUUUGUUGUUGUCGGACGUGUGGGUGGAGCAUGCAGUGAUGUUCAGCAAAGUAUUCUUCAAGUUCCUCAGUAUUUCAAGAGGACUAAACUGCUAGAAGUUCUACACAGCAUAGGUAAUGAACGAACCCUGGUCUUUGUGGACACAAAGAAAAAAGCAGACUUCAUUGCAUGCUUUCUUUGUCAAGAAAACAUACCAGCCACUAGUAUCCAUGGAGAUAGAGAACAGAGAGAGAGAGAAAUAGCUCUUCAGGAUUUUCGCUCUGGAAAAUGUCCGGUUCUUGUGGCAACCUCAGUGGCAGCAAGAGGUCUGGACAUUGAAAGCGUUCAGCAUGUUAUUAAUUUUGAUCUUCCUUCCACCAUUGAGGAGUAUGUACACCGAAUUGGGCGAACUGGUCGUUGCGGAAAUAUAGGGAAAGCAAUUGGCUUCUUUGAUAACAAUUCAGAUGGUCAUCUUGCACAACCUCUAGUUAAAGUGCUUUCAGAUGCUCAGCAGGAAGUUCCUUUUUGGUUGACAGAAGUUGCUUUUGAGGCUAAAGGGGGACGACUCCCAGUUAAUACCCAAAAGAAUUACAGAGGCAGAGGCAACAUGAACGCAGGAGAAGUAAAGAUGGAGUGUUCUGCAAGAGAAUUUGAGUCAUGGGAUUAAACUACUUUAUACCAAACUAGUUUGUAUUUUGUUGUGCUGUAAGUGGAAUGUUGCAUGAGAAGAUAAUCUUGUGAAGGCCUAGUUUGGGAAAGAGAUUUAUGUAAGGGUUCGUCUAAACCUUGUUCCUUUUUUUGUAACAUGUCAGUUAAAAAGUUUGAAUCUUGUGUUAUGAUGAUUUAAGGACUGUUAAACAGCUCUUAAGCAGUUAAUAAAAGUUUGAGAAGUGCACUUUGA